GGGGCCCUGCAGUCUGGGCUGGAGGGCAGAUCAGAAGGGCCAGUUGGAUCGCUUCUCGGCCUUUUGGCUAAGAUCAAGUGUCGAAGGGCCAGUUGGCUCCCCAGUUUUGAGGUGGGUGCCAGGACAGGGAAUGAUGGUGUGAGGGCCUCCGUGUCCAAGGGGGCAACAACAGUCCUGUGACUCUUCUGGGGACAGGGACAAGGGAAGGAUGGCCAUGGUGCACACGGUUCUGUGGCAGGUCUGAGUCAAAGCACCUAAGGCCGACCCCAGCCGGUCAUGUGGAGGGCGGCCCAGUCAUCGCCUUAUGCUGGCCUGGGUCACCCAGGCGGGCUGGGCGUGGCCCAGUCAGCUGUGACUCAGGCCACAGUGGCCUUGCCACGCAGCAGGGGCAGGGGCAUCGGGCAGAGGGACGCCCCCUUCCCAUGCCUGGACUUUCCCUCUGGGCACUCAGACGACCCUGACCUCCCCCUGGGCCGGGCACAGCCUGGGGAAGGUGUGUGUGUGUGGCAGGGGUUCUCCGGCCCUGUUGUCCCCGGCCCUCAGCUUGGGGGUGGGGUAGAAGUCGGGGGGAGCUUUGGGGCCACCGGACAGAAGCCAGGCAGGGGGGCGGGGUGAGGAGCUGACACCAGAGAAGGCUCAGCUGGAGAGGGAAGCAGAGGGGGCCUGGCCUGGAAGCCGACGGUGCACCCCUGAAGAGCUGGCGAACACCCUUCCCGACUCCAAGGGCCGAGAGCAGGCACAGAGAACACGGCUCCAGUAUAUAAAUCAGGCAAAUUCCCCAUUUGAGCAUGAACCUCUGAAAACGGCCGGCAUCUCAGGUCUCCUCCAAGGCCCUCUGGAGUCCAGUCCAUCAUGAAGGUCUUGGCAGCAGGAGUCAUGCCCCUGCUGCUGGUUCUGCACUGGAAACACGGGGCGGUAAGCCCCCUUCCCGUCACCUCUGUCAAUGCCACCUGUGCCACGCGACACCCAUGUCACAGCACCGUCAUGAGCCAGAUCAGGAGCCAACUGGCGCAGCUCAACGGCAGCGCCAAUGCCCUGUUUAUUCUCUACGCUCUGAGACUGGAAGCCACUUUCUCUCGGUGGCCAGCCAGUGAAGGGCAGAGCGGGCAUGAGGAGCAGCCUGGCACAUCUGGUCUUGCGAGAGAUCGAGGGGAACGAGAGACAUACACAGCCCAGGGCGAACCGUUCCCCAACAACCUGGACAAGCUGUGCGCUCCCAAUGUGACGGACUUCCCACCCUUCCACGCCAAUGGCACAGAGAAGACCAAGCUGGUGGAGAUGUAUCGCAUCAUCGCCUACCUUGGUGCUUUCUUGGGCAACAUCACUCAGGACCAGAAGCUCCUGAAUCCCAGCGCGCUCAGCCUUCAUAGCAAGCUCGGCACCACUGCAGAUAUCAUGCGGGGCCUCCUCAGCAACGUGCACUGCCGUCUGUGCAAUAAGUACCAUGUGGCACACGUGGACGUGGCCUAUGGCCCUGACACUUCGGGCAAGGAUGUCUUCCAGAAGAAGAAGCUGGGAUGUCAACUCCUGGGGAAGUACAAGCAAGUCAUUGGCGUACUGACGCAGGCGUUUUAGACAGGGGGUCUUGGAGUGUGUAGCGGACUGAGGUUCCUCAGGAGCAGGGUCCGGAUGUGGGGCUUCUCAAAGCAUGGCUGGGCUUCCUUUAUCCCAGAUGGGGUCUGCUGGCAGGCUCCAAGGGGUUCCCAGCCUAUCAGGGCCUGUAGACAGCCCUAUCCAGGAGGAGGCGCUCUUCCUCUGGGAGCCGGUAACUAGGGACGUGUGGGUGGCAUUUCUGCUUUCCCUUGUCCGCUCAAACCUUGUCAAACCACACAAGCUGUCUAUAGUGGCCUCCGACAGGGAGGGCGUGGGGGUUGUCACCGGCCCCCAGUGGAAUGAUGACCGUGUGUGCCUUUGCUUUUCCUUAGGUAGACUUCAGAAGGCUUAGGUGGGACAUGGGCAGGCCAGAGGGGCUGGGGCCUAGAACUCCUUGUCCCUCAGAAAUUGAGUGGUUAGAAGAUAAAGAAGGCGUGGGACGGUGUCUUCUUUUGAACACAGAAAGCUUAGGCCUAGGUAUUGUCAGGUAGCCAGUUCCAGAAGGUCACUGGUGUUCAGGCUCUUGAGGAGGCAGAGACGCCACUUUCAAGCCUGGGAAAGAAGACGCUGUAAGGAAGAGAGGCCCCCAAAGCCACGAUGGGCUCCUCUUCCUCUUCUCUGUACUUUUUUCCCUACAGCCUGGCAUGGCCAGGACCUGGUGGCUGGAUCAGGAUUGGGGUACAUGGAAGUGGGUAGGGCCAGGUAGCAGAGACAGGUGAGGAAGUUCGGAGGGGACCCAGAAUCUUCCUUUUGGGGACAGGUAGCUCAGAGUAGUGGCUCACAUCUGAGGCCUUGCAGAGGCCCCGUGAAGUCGUACAAAGGUACUUGAGGGGGACCAGAGCCUGUUUUGGGCCCCUAGAGCAAGGGGCCAUAGAACUGGAGGUCAGGGUCUUGGAGAAGCCUGAGAUCCAAGAGUGCUGUGUGUCCAGCCCGCCGUGAUUAUCUAUUUAUUAUGAUGUCCUAUUUAUGUUAACUUAUUGGUGCUUUAAAUGGUAAAGUUAAUCUCUCCCCCUGCUCCCUACCCAGUGGGGAACCAGAGCUGAGCCUUUUGGCAGCGCCUGGUCUAGAAGCUGACAAUGUUACAAGUGGAAUUGGCCUGGCGGGUGAAGCUCAGACGGGGGACAGAGUCUGCCAUACCUGGCUAGAGUCCCUGUUCCCUUCUCUCUAGACUCGCUUUGGGGUGUCGGGGACAGGCAGCAGGGGCCGGACUAGUUUGUGGAGAAGAGGGGGCUUUGUUUUCUUGCCUCCAGGGUACUCUUUCCCACUGUGCUCUCCGGCACCCCCUGGCAUGAUGCUGUGUUGGCGCCGUUCACAGUGGAAACGAGUGACCCUGGGCAGUGGGCCAGGCUGCUCCUGUGUCUUCAUCCAUGAAGGGUCUUUAUCCCAUCGUGGGAAUGAGGCUGACCCAGCACCCAGCACACUCUUGCAUGGUGGGGAAGCUCCUCGGGUGUCUUGAAUGCCCACCAAGUGCGCGUGCAGGAUGUUGGAGCACUGUUCGGACCGAGCAGCUGUCCCUGUUCUCUGGAGCAGGGAAAGUGAGACCCGCAGUGCUUGGGAAACAGACCAGGAAGCUGUGGUCCCUGCUGCACCGCCUCCUUCCCUCUCCCACCCAUGUCUGGGCUCCCAGGCAGGGAACCUGAUCUGAUGUCUUCCUUUCUGCCUCGGCCAGGAGAGCAGAGAAACGCCCUCGGUCUGGAGCAAGAGAGGGAGGGAGGCCGCCAAGCCGGGGCAGCUGCUGAGAGCAGCACGCUGGCCCCUUCUCAGACCUUGAGCAGGCGGCAGUCCUAGCAGCUCAGCCCCAAGACCGCAGUACUGGGGACGACCCUUCGCCCUCACCAUGCACCCCGUUCUCUUAUUCUCUAAGCACUUUACCUGGAUGGCAGGUGGGCGGCCAGUAGGCCAGCCUGAGUCUGAGACAGGGAAGUUAGGAGUGGUGCAUCCCGCCAGCGUGACCAAGACGUGGGGUGUGUGGCCGAGGGGGCCACAGCAGCUGUGCCUUUCCCAGUGCCGUGUGGAUUUGGGUCACACCCUUGUCCGGGAUCACAGCCUGCCACUCUCCUGUUCCUCUGCUCCUUUGGGCACGGCUUGGGAAGGGCUGGACUUUCCGAGCUGAAUAGCG